AUGCAUGUUCAUUGGAUUGAUGAAAGGAAGAAGAGCUGGAAGUUUAUGGAACGUGAAACUCAUAAAACUUCAUUUUCAAGGGAUGUUGUCUUUGGUGACAUUUCUUCCUAUUAUGAGAGGAAAGAUGUUGUUGUUGACCCUGGAUUGGUCGAGUCCCUGCCUAUUUCAUCAAAUAAAAAUUGGGGAGCUGGCAUUGACGGUGAAAAUGGUGAGGAAGCAGUAGAUGUACCAUCUCUUAGAAGAUCACAAAGAAAAGUUGUGAAGCCAGCUCGACCAGCUGAUGACAAUGAGCCAUCUUGUUUUGAUGAAGCUCAUGGCAAGAAGGAUUGGGAGCAAGCUAUGGAUGAGGAGAUGAAUGCCAUAAUUAAAAAUGAGACUUGGGAUCUUGUUCUAGUUCCAGUGACAUGCAAAUGGGUCUAUAAAAUAAAACGCAAAGCGAAUGGAAGUAUAGACCGCUUUAAAGCAAGACUUGUUGUUCGCGGUUCUUCACAAAAUAUGGGGAAAACUAGAAGAAACUUUCAGUCCGGUUGA